UCCAAAUCUUGCUCUGAAGCUCUCUCUCUCUCUCUCGUUGUCGAAAGUGACCGGUUCCCAUUCUACAGCAAUCAAUUUCCUCUCUCCCUCGUUAACCCACGCACUUCUUCCAAUCUCUGAAGAGUGUGUUUCUCUGUAGGAUAUUAGAGAGAGAAAAUCAAAGAGCGGGUUUGUUGUUGGUGGUUGCGGUUAUUUCUCGAAGCAAUUCGGAUUUUGAACAACCCGUCUCUUCAUUUUCUCUCUCUUGAUUGUCCAAUCACUCGACAUUUCUUUCUUCUUCUUCUUCUUCUUCUUCUUCUUUUCCCCAACUUUGUUUUCUUCUUCCUCGUGCCCACUUCUCCAACACUGUCGCUUUCUGCUGCGUGAUUGGCUGAGGAUUUUUGGUGCCUUCUUUCCUGCUCAGUUUUGAUUUGAUCUGAUAGGAAUUUGCAACUUCAAUUUCUUUGUCGAAGAUUCGGACUCUCUUCGGUUCCGGUGGCUAUCUUGUUAUUUGGUGAUGAAUAAUCGUGGCCUGGUGGUGCCUUUUUAGGUUUCUUCCUUUUUGGGUAUUUAGGACUUCGCCUCUGUAGAAAAGGGGCUUUGUGCGAAGGAGAAUUGGAUAUAAUUGUUUUAUGCAAUAGAUUGUUCUGCGUAGAUCUGCUUUCUUUUUGCUCUGCGUACAUCCCCUUUUAGCUUUUAUUUUUAAUUAUUUAUUUACAUUAAAAAAAAAAAAAAAAAAAAGAGACUAAAGAUUGUUAUCAUCUGGAAUAGCCAAAAGGGUCAGCAAAAAAACUGUCACCUUUUUCUUUCUUGGUUGGUUUGGAAGCUGUAGAAAUCGAAAUCUGAUUCUUCUUCUGGUGGAUUCUGUUUGCUUUGUGAGGAACUUUACAGGGGAAUUGUUUUCAUCAAUCUGAUAAAGUAGGCUUUGAGUUCAAAAGGGUAGGAUUAAGAGCUGGAGGCAAAUUAAGCUAUUGAUCCGAAAAUUAGGUGCAUAUAUUUGUGGAUUGAAGAAGAAAUUCGGCGGAUUCUGGCAACUGUAAUAAUUGGGGAUUUGUGGGUAUCCACUAGAUCAUUUCUGACGGAUCCAUCACCGGAAAGCCGUGGGUGUGACUGUGUGGCUGGUCUGGAGUGCCUGUUAAACAUUAUCAGGGCCCUCAGAAUGGGGUCCUGCUUAUCUGCAGAAAGCAGGAGCCCUCUCCCUGGUUCGCCAGCCUCUCCUGGCCUUGGGGUCAGGAAGAGGAAGAAUUCCAAAAGAAGACAGGGGUCACGUAAUUCUUCUUUUGAUUACAGGAGAGAAGAGCCGUUGCAUAGAAUCCCUGGGAGGAUGUUCUUGAAUGGGUCUAGUGAUGUUGCUUCUCUCUUUACUCAGCAAGGAAAGAAGGGAACCAAUCAGGAUGCCAUGAUUGUCUGGGAGAAUUCUGGUUCAAGGACAGAUACAAUCUUCUGUGGUGUUUUUGAUGGCCAUGGGCCCUACGGUCAUAUGGUGGCAAAAAGAGUGAGGGACCUGCUUCCCCUUAAAUUGACUGCUCAAUGGCAAGUGAAUUUAACUGGUGAUGAUGUUCUCAGAGAGAUCAGCAUUAACACCGCAACAAGCAUUAACUCCGAAGAUACUCCUUUUGUAUCUGCUGAUGAAAGCUCGUUUUCGAGUUUUGAAUAUAUUUUUACAUUUGAUAUAAUUACAAUUUUUAAUUUAUUUAGAAAAUCUAGUGCUAAUCCAUUCUGCAUCAAUUAUGAAAUGAAAAUAAGCGGUUACUUCAAUGGUCAAAUUGUCGCAUGUUUAUAUAUUGUAGUUGCUCUUUUCUCCCUCCUUUCCAUAGAAGGGGACUUCCUUUGGCAAUAUUUGUAUUAGAAAAUAAUUCUUAGGCAAAUGCAGAAGCUAGAAAAAUAGAGUAUGAAUUAGAAUACAUUCUUACUAAUUUUCCCAUUUACAGCUGAAGCAGAGAGAAUUCGCAAAUGUAAAGGACGUGUAUUUGCUCUUCAGGAUGAGCCUGAGGUUGCUCGUGUUUGGCUGCCAAAUAAUGACUCACCAGGACUUGCUAUGGCUCGUGCUUUUGGAGAUUUUUGCCUCAAGGACUUUGGCCUGAUCUCUGUUCCUGAAAUAUCCUAUCGAUGCCUGACAGAGAAGGAUGAAUUUGUUGUUUUAGCCACAGAUGGGAUUUGGGAUGUUCUCUCAAAUAAAGAGGUCAUAGACAUUGUAGCCUCAGCUCCAGCACGUUCCUCCGCAGCUCGAGCGUUAGUUGAGUCUGCAGUACGAGCCUGGAGAUACAAGUACCCAACUUCUAAAGUUGAUGACUGUGCUGUAGUAUGCCUAUUUCUGGAUUCCAACAAAAACAACGUAUCUACUGCCUCCAAUUUAAAGCCCAAAGAAGAUCAAUUUUCAGUGGAGCAGGUUAAUAUUGGUAACAACAAAGAUGACCUUUCUGAACCAGCGAGUCUGGAACGUUCAGGCACUGUAAGAAAUGAUGAAGAAAUACUCCCAGAAGCAAGUGAAGAAGACGGCUUAAUGCCUACAGAACUAGGAACAGAGUGGUCUGCUCUUGAAGGAGUUGCUCGAGUCAACACCCUUUUAACUCUACCAAGAUUUGUGCCUGGAAAAGAGGAUCUGAAGAAAACUGCCGGAGAUGCAAGGGCACGGAAAUGAUGGGAGGUUUGCCCCUGAAAUUAUCUGUCAAGUGGUAUUCUUUUUUUACUUGUUUUAUGCCUCUUCAGCUUUCUUGUGGAAGGAGGGGAAGGGGGUGAAUUGAAAACUUGAAAAACAAUUGUAGAAUCGUGUUUGUUAAAUUUGGACAGUAGAGGUUGGCCUGGGCUAUAUUAGGAUGUCUGGGAAAUUGUCCUCUUUCUAGCGUGGGUAGAAUUGGAAUUUUGUAAAAUCCAACUCUCCAUCUUUUUUUUCUUUUUUUUUUUUUUUACUGGGUUCCCAUUUUUGUUAAUGUGUGAUGUGUUUCUUAUGUUGAUAAUAAUUUUGUGAUAAUGAGAUUCGUUUCAAUCAAUUUGUAAGAGAAGAUUUUUUGCAUAAUCAAAUACAAUUGUUUUGUUGG